AACUUUGAUGAAAUAGUAAGUACAUUACAGAAGCAUUUAAAUCCUAAACCACUAGAAAUAGCCGAACGGUUUCGUUUUUAUAAGAGAAAUCAGCAAGAAGGGGAGAGAAUUUUAAGUUAUAUAGCUGAGUUAAAGAAAUUAACCACACAUUGCAAUUUUGGAAAUAACUUGGAAGAAACCUUGCGUGACAGAUUGGUGUGUGGAUUAAGUAAUCAGCAAAUUCAGAAACGUCCCCUUGCAGAGUCAAAAUUAAAAUUCUCCAAAGCUGUUGACAUAGCAGUUGCUAUGGAAACAGCCACUCGAGAUGCUACAGAGAUCCACAGCAAGGGUAGAGAAGAAAAACCUCUUGGUCUUGACAAACUGACACUGAACAGACCCUCGAAUAGAUCAGAUGGUGGUCCACCUUCCCCUGUAGUGUGUUAUCGAUGUGGAGCUAAUACCCAUGUUGCAACUGAGUGUAGAUUUAAGAAAGAAGUCUGUCACAAGUGUGGAAAGAGAGGUCAUAUUCAAAGAGCUUGCCGGGCACAACAAAGCCAGGGGCCCGGUAGACCCUCGCCCAGAUCAAGAUACCAGAAAUCGACCAAUGCCAUAGAGACCGAACCAGAUGAGUGUGAACACUUGUUGAAAAACCUAGAAGUUCAUAAUGUAAACAAAUCAAACAGUGAUGUCAUAUGGGUUGACGUGAAAGUUGAAAAUCAACCACUAUCCACGGAACUAAACACAGGAUCGGCCGUGUCCAUUUUGCCAUAUGACAUGUUCUUGGAAAGAUUUUGCGAUAAGAAGUUAGAGAAAACAACCACCGUACUAAAGACCUAUACUGGUGAAGUGAUUGUUCCAGUUGGUUGCCUUACCAUGCAAGUUGAAUACUUAGAUCAAUCAUGUCAAUUGCCAUUCCAUGUAGUCCAGACUAAGGGUCCAGUGUUAAUGGGUCGAGAUUGGCUUCACAAGCUUCGCCUCGACUGGAAAACCAUUAAGUUGUUGAAAUCCUCAGAUUUCAGCCAUAGAAACCCUGGCACGACUACACAAGAGAAGCUGAAAAACCUAUUGGAUACGUAUGCAGAGGUUUUUGAAGACAAGCUGGGAACUUUCAAAUCUGCCAAAGCAAGGAUAACCCUCAAAGAAGGUAGUCAACCACAGUUUCGCAAAGCUCGUCAGGUCCCAUAUUCCUUACGACCGAAAGUGGAGGAAGAACUGAAGAGACUUCAGAGCGAAGGUAUUUUGUCGAAAGUAGAGUGGAGUGAUUGGGCGACACCGAUUGUACCAGUGCCGAAACAAGAUGGUUCAGUCCGCAUUUGUGGUGACUUCAAAGGUGCUAUUAACCCAACACUACAAGCAGAACAGUAUCCUCUGCCUCGAAUCGAAGAUAUCUUUGCCCAUUUAGCUGGUGGGAAAAAGUUUUCCAAGAUCGACCUCCGCCAAGCUUAA